AAAUUUUAUUCUCUCUCUGAUCAAAUCGAAAUUUAUUGGAUUGUCAGUAAACCCUAGAAUCAACUUUUGUCUGGGAUUCGAAUUCGAUCUAGAAUCAUGACGACCGGAGAUCUCGUCAAUAUCCAUCCUACAGAGCUUAAGUUCCCUUUUGAGUUGAAGAAGCAAAGCUCGUGUUCGAUGCAAUUGACCAACAAGACAGAUAAAGUCGUCGCAUUUAAGGUUAAAACAACGAAUCCUCGGAAAUACUGUGUCCGUCCAAACACCGGCGUUGUCUUGCCCGGGGAUUCCUGCAAUGUUACAGUGACGAUGCAAGCCCAGAAAGAGGCACCUCUGGAUAUGCAAUGCAAAGACAAGUUCCUUGUCCAGAGUGUUGUUGUCUCAGACGGCACAACUUCCAAAGACGUUCUCGCUGAAAUGUUCCACAAGGAGAAGGGUCGAGUGAUUGAGGAUUUCAAAUUGCGGGUUGUUUAUAUCCCUGCUAAUCCUCCUUCACCUGUCCCAGAAGGAUCUGAAGAAGGCAACUCUCCAAGGAUUUCUGUCAACGAGACUGGCUCCCUAAUAGAUGACGUGUCAAGAACGCUAGAAGAAACAAAUGAGAAAUCUUGCGAGGCAUGGUCCAUGAUUUACAAAUUGACGGAGGAGAAGACUAGUGCUAUACAACAAAGUCAGAAGCUCCGAGAGGAACUGGAAAUGCUGAGGAAAGAAUCAAGCUUGAAGCAGUCAGGUGGUCAUUCGUUGGUACUGAUGCUGCUGGUGGGUCUACUCGGCUGCGUGAUUGGCUACAUCUUGAACCGGACAUAAAUAAGGAACGAUAUGGGCUGUAAAAUCAGUAGUAGCUGUAGCACCGGGACGGGGGAGGGUGAUUAUGUGCAAUAUUUCUUUAAGAUUGGUUAGAAGCCUGCCCAGUUAGAGUGUGUAGUAGUAAGAUCUCAAAAGUCAUUGUUACGAUUGGAAGCAAAUCAGUUUGAUUAAGAAUAUACAGAGAAACUUGUUUGGAACUAUUAAACCAAAAAAAAAAAAGAUUCAUCAUACAAACCCCUAAAGGGGGGAGAUUUAGGAAGAAAGUGAGUGAGAUAUGUUAUGUUAGUCUUGUUGUGUGGGAUUGGUCUUUGGCUUGCGGUAUCUCUCUUCCAUCUGCUUGGCCAUGGAAUAGCCAGCUUGAGCCACCUUUUCAACGUUUGGGACGUUGUAGCUCUGCGCUAUGUAAAUCCCGCACAUGGUUCCGAAGAUGAAGGAGAAGUAGCUUCUUAUCAACCCCAUUUUAAGUCCUUUCUUCUUCUUUUGUCAGAAAAUUUAGAAAGCUUCGUGUUUCCCACUGGGUGGGUUUCUCGAAUAUAAUUCAUAUUAUAUACAUUACAGAGAGAGCUAGGUCUUUUAUUGUUUAUCCUUAACUUCU